AUGUCUAAUUAUGGAAAUUGUGUGAAACACAGGAGAGAUAGCUUCAUAACUCACAGGGCAUUUUGCGAUGCAUUAGCAGAAGAAACAGCAAGAGUAAAAGUAGGAACAACAGUAAGCAAUAAUUUCAACUAUAAUUCAAUGGGUGGAGGGUGCAUAGAAGAUAAAACAGGGUUAUUCACGGGCCAACACUUUGGUUCAAUUUUGAAGCCAAUUUUAGUGAAGGAAGCAACAAUGACAAUAAGAAGCAAUGUUCAAAUGAUUGGGGGGCCGAUGAUGAUGUACGGUGAAGAUGGAGUUUGGGGAAACCAAUUAACAAUGGGUGAUUAUUAUAUUAAUCAUAAUCAAAAUCAAGGGUUAAUGAUGAAUAAUGGAGGAGUUUCUUCAUUAUACAGCCAUCAAUUACAGCAAAUGAAUCAAACCAAGAUGGGAAAUAUGUCAGCUACAGCUUUGUUGCAGAAAGCUGCUGAAAUUGGGCCAACUUGUACUACUACUACCACCACUAGAUCAACCCCAUCACUACUACAACUACAACAGGGGUUUUUGUUUAAUAAUGGGAGUGAGUUUUGUAAUUCUUCUAGUACUACAAGUAGACCAAUUAUUGUUGUUGAGAAUGAGAAUAAUGGGAAUGGGAAUGAGAUGUACACUGCAAAACAGCGACGUACUCAUAGUGAAUUUGAGUGUGGAAGUGGAAGUGGAAGUGGAAUAACAGGAAUAGGGGAGACGAGGGAACAGGAUAAUGUGUUAAUAAACUCAUCAAAACAUAGCAUUACAAUUGAGCUUACAGACAGCUCAACUGACCAAUCAAACUAA